ACUACAAGUAGGCAGCGCACCAGUAGUUGUGAACCAACCAUACCAUUGUAGUAUCUGCAGUCACACUCACACACGACUACGACAGCACUACACACCUUGUACACAACAGUGCAGUUGCCAGGUACAGAAAUGACGAUCGAGUCUACUAGCUAGUGUCUAGUGCACACACAGACGCCGGCACAAAUAAAUCCACCCCUUCACUCAUGCAUGCUUCCUCACUUCCAAUGCACUUGAGAUCACUUCAGUUGAAGCAGACAGACCAAAAAGAGCGCGCGUGAACGCACCCUCAACCUCAGAACCAUGCACACCGCAAGCACCAAACUUCUCCUCCUCGUCUUCGUCUCAACAUCCAUGGUGAUUAUCUCCCACGUUUCGUCCCUACGAUUCCACUACAUCAACCCUCACAACUUCACCACGACGACGACCAUCUCAUCGUCGUCGUCGUCGUCCUCCUCUGUUCACCGUAGCCGCAACCCCUCGCUCGACUUACUGCACCGCGACGCGAUCACCGGCGCGACGUACCCCUCGCGCCGCCACGCCGUGCUGGACCUCGUCUCCCGCGACAAUGCACGCGCCGAGUACCUCGUGAGUCGCCUGUCCCCGGCGUCGACUUACCUACCGACGGACCUCGGCUCGGACGUGGUGUCCGGCCUCGACGAGGGCAGCGGCGAGUACUUCGUCCGCGUCGGCAUCGGCUCCCCGCCCACGGAGCAGUACCUCGUGGUGGACUCCGGCAGCGACGUCAUCUGGGUGCAGUGCCGCCCGUGCACGCAGUGCUACGCGCAGGCCGACCCGCUUUUCGACCCCUCCACGUCGGCGUCCUUCUCCGGCGUGUCGUGCGGCUCGGAAAUCUGCCGGAUGCUGCCCGCCUCCGGAUGCGGCGAAUCAGACAAGUGCCAGUACAAGGUGUCGUACGGAGACGGGUCGUACACCGAGGGCGUGCUCGCGUUCGAGACGCUCACGUUCGGAGCCACGGCGGUGCAGGGCGUCGCGAUAGGCUGCGGCCACCGCAACCACGGCCUCUUCGUCGGAGCCGCCGGGCUGCUUGGCCUCGGCUGGGGCCCCAUGUCGCUCGUCGGGCAGCUCGGUGGCGCGGCCGGUGGCGCGUUCAGCUACUGCCUCGCGAGCCGCGGUCCCGGCACCAACACCGGCGCCGGGUCGCUGGUCCUCGGCCGGACCGAGGCGGUGCCGGAGGGCGCUGUGUGGGUUCCCCUCGUGCGCAACCCGCAGGCACCGACCUUCUACUACGUCGGCCUCGCGGGGAUCGGCGUCGGGGACGAAAAGCUGCCGCUGCAGGAGGGCCUGUUCCAGCUCACCGACGACGGCGCCGGCGGCGUGGUGAUGGACACCGGCACAGCCGUGACGCGGCUGCCGCAGGAGGCGUACGCCGCGCUGCGGGACGCGUUCGCGAGCGCCGUGGGCGGGCUCCCGCGCGCGCCGGCCGUGUCGCUGUUCGACACGUGCUACGACCUGAGCGGGUACACGAGCGUGCGCGUGCCGACCGUGUCGUUCUACUUCGACGAGGGCGCCACGCUCACGCUGCCGGCGAGGAACCUACUGUUGGAGGUGGACGGCGGCAUAUACUGCCUGGCGUUCGCGCCGUCGUCGUCGGGCCUGUCCAUCCUGGGGAACAUACAGCAGGAAGGCAUCCAGAUCACCGUCGACUCGGCCAGCGGGUUCGUUGGCUUCGGACCCAGUACAUGCUAAGCGGUUGCACUUGCAC